UUGUUUGUUUCACGACGCACGUUGCUACUUAUGUGGGAGCUUAUUCUACUAGCUACCAUCAAUUACGAUGGCAUUGAUGUGGGCACGGAGUCGUUACCGUUCCCAUCCGAGAGAAGAGGUAAAAGAGACAACCUGAAGUGGGGGAUAUCGGAGCGUUUAUGAAUGUUUCCUUUUGCUUUUCCUGGUUUCAUUUGCCUACAUCCAUUUUGCUUUGGUUCCUUUGGGGUUAUUUUUUCUAGGUUUGGUUCCUCUGGGUUGGCAUGUGUGGGCUAUCUCCCUCCGAAUUCGCCUCUUUGGCAUUUUCACUCUGCCUUUUGUUCCUUUUGCUUUUUCUGGUUCAUUUUUGUUUUAUUUUCCUGGCUAUUUUCAUCGUCUUUCAGUUCAGGCACCGAGGGUCGAAGCUGUCGACUCGUGUGUAUGCUCUGUCCGUUCUUUGGCAGAUAUUUGAGCAAACGGAUCGGACCUUCCUUUUCGUAGCCGCCGCCAAGGAGUCAGUUGAUUGCAUAUAUUUUGCGCCUGACAGAGAUGGCGCGGUUAGGAAAUUUCCAUCCAUUGAGAACGUCAUAGAGGUUCGAGCGAGGUACUCUUACGAAAGAGAAGCAUCGGCAAAGUUUGGUAGAUUGAGGAGGGGCCUGGAGGUAUUCGAACACGAGUCUAGCAGCUGCAGUAUGCUUUCAAAGCAGAAGACCAGCCGGCCUACAAUAGCCCGGAAGGUAGAUACACUGUAAAAGGAAGCGCAGUGGCGCUCGAGAAGAA